CUUGUGGUGUUGCAUCUGCUCUCCAUUGUGCUCCUGGCUGGGCUUCUGGUGACUGUUCUCAUUCAAGGUCUGGCAGAAAUGGGACUGUGCACCUCUGGUCCAUCUCACUGGCUGUGAAAGCUGGAUCUGGGUCAUACUUAGGGGACUGAGAGAAAAUAAUGAGAAUGGGUUGUCCCAUAGCCUCUAGUGUAGUUCCCACUUUGGAACAUAAGAUGGUAAUUGUAAAGGCAUUACCCAGGUCCAUUACUUGUGUUUCAUUCAUCACUAAGUGUCAUUGUCUUCUCCUUAAAUGUUAUUAGAGAAGAUUUCUGCUGCAAAGAUCCAGAGCACCUUGUAACACACAGUAAUCAUUACAAACUUUUAGUUUCUGGAUUCUUUGUGCAGGUUUUAAGGAUCCAAGCUCAUCAGUAUGAAAAAAUCUACAAGCAACUGAUGCAACUGGGGAUUGGAGUGGACAGCCUUUGCCGUCCUUGCCCUUGGGAAUGGACAUUCUUCCACAGAAGAUGUUAUUACUUCUCCAAAUCCCAGCGUAACUGGAAUGAUUCUGUUGCUGCUUGCCAGGAAGUGGAUGCUCAACUAGUCACUGUUGAGAGUGACGAAGAACAGACAUUCCUUGGUGUGUUGUUAAAAAAUAAAUCUGCCUGGAUGGGUCUCUCAGACCUGAAACAGGAAAGCACGUGGCAGUGGGUAGAUGGCUCACCUUUGUCAGACAGGUCACAUCCCAUCACUGAGAGAGGUUACUACAGGGACUCAAGACAGGAAAUAAAACAGAAAUCAUGGAGGAACAAAGUCCACUUGCUUUUCACAGCUUACAGACUAUGGCUGUGACGGAAUCUCAUGUCUCCUUGUCUUUGAAGUUUCAGGAAGUAUUGGAAAAAAGGGGAACCUAACAACCUGAGAAAUCAAGACUGUGUAGAGUACACAUUUGAAGGCUGGAAUGACAACAAAUGUGACAACAAGAAAUUCUGGAUCUGCAAAAAACUUGAAACUUCCUGCUCUAGCAAGUGAUGACAAAAUCCCUCCAUUGCCCCCACAGUCCCAAACCCCUGCCAGAGAGCAGACUUUACCUAUAGCAAUUCCAGUUUAUUCUCCUUGUCUGUGGCCAUUGAUAUCUUGACCAGAUCUGUGAGACUUUUCUCUGGCAGGUACCUUGUCCCAAACAUUGCUCCUGGACCAGCAUGUUUCCUUGACCUCUGCUGUAUAGUCUUCUGAUGUCUGCAGGGUCUCGUUGGGUUAGUGGUUGUGGCACUGAUUCACUGUUGCCGCUUAAUGAAAUGAACAGACAUGAUGUGUAUACAGGUCCUUAAAUGGGUUCCUUUCAUCCCCUCUGUCUUCCUUUCUGAGGUCAGACAGUGCAUUACCAUGCAUGAUUGAUGACACAUCUUAUGUGGCUUCAUAGCAUUUCUGAGUACUUUACUCCCACCUACUAAAUUUUCAUCCAUUCACCCUGCACACAUUUCUACAGGAGCAUUCUUAGAUUUUAGGAGCUCAACUUGUAGGCUAAAAGCACAAAAGAACCAAGUCCUUCCUUCUUAGUCACGGUCUGAAAUUAUUGUAAAACCUUGGCUCCAUCUCCACCCCUUUGUGGACAUGGUAAGCCUCAAUGUUAUAGACCCUGAGAUUGACCGCCUAAGUUUUAUUGCAAUUUUUAUUGAAUCUGCUCAUUGACAAUUUUUAUGCAUAUGUAUAUAUAAAUAUAAGUAUAAAUAAACUCUGAUUAUUGCCA